AUGUGCUUGCGACACUUGCUGCUCUGCCUGCUGGGCGUCAUCGUAGUCGUUAACGAAUCCGAGGCCAGUUGGGAUGACUGGUGGACCUACGACGGAAUUUCAGGACCCUCGUUUUGGGGUCUGAUAAACCCCCAGUGGUAUCUGUGCACCAAAGGAAGGAGACAGAGUCCUAUCAACAUCGAACCUGACAAGCUUCUCUUCGACCGCCACUUGAGACCCGUGUUGGUCGACAAACACAAGGUUUCCGGGCAUUUAUACAAUACCGGUCAGUUUCUGGUAUUCAGAGCGGAUCGGGAGGCGAAGGUGCGAGUCAAUAUAACGGGUGGUCCACUCGCCUAUCACUAUCAAUUCGAGGAGAUCUACAUACACUACGGGAUGGACAAUGAUUAUGGAUCGGAGCAUCGCAUCAAUAGCUACGCUUUUCCUGCCGAGAUACAAGCGUACGGCUUCAACGCAGAACUGUAUCACAAUAUGAGCGAGGCGCAACACAAGAGUCAAGGCCUGGUCGCGAUUUCGUUAAUGGUCCAGAUCGGCGAGACAGUAAACUCGGAACUCCAGAUCAUAACCAGCGUGUUCAACAAAGUUCUCCAUCGCGGCGAUACUACGGCCGUACGUCAUCUGUCUUUGAAGAGCCUCCUUCCAGAAACGAACGGUUACAUGACUUACGAGGGUAGCACGACUCACCCAGGCUGUUGGGAAACGGCAGUAUGGUUGAUCCUCAACAAACCUAUUUACAUUACGAGCCGAGAGCUUUACGCACUAAGGAGACUAAUGCAAGGUCCGGCGACCACCCCGAAAGCACCCCUGGGAAACAAUUCGAGGCCGCUGCAGGAUCUUCAUUACAGGACUAUACGGACGAACAUCGAUUUUCGCAAGCGACCGGAAGCGAAGUGUCCGUCGAUGGCCCAGGACAUGCACUAUAGAGAUGACUUUUUCUUUCCAGCGAACACGUGGCAGGACGAUGGAUCCCUCUCGCACAACGGCGUCUGA